ACUAACACUUUACAUAGACUUGGAAUCCAAGUGAGAAGACUAUAGUACAAGGUCAUUUCACUUUCACUUCCUUCUGGAAUCCCAACACAAAUAACAUCCAUCAAGUGUGAGUGAUUUCAAAAUUCUUAAAGUCCCUCUACUUUUCUCCUUUAAAUCUCAAUUCUAUCAGUAUCUUUCACCCUCACUUUCAAAGAGACUUGAGUAGCUUAGAGUCGAAUCAAAUCUACAACAUCAUCAUCAUGUGGGUUCUUCAGGGACAACACAAGAGAAGAAUCAGGAUUCUAGUUGCAGCAUUUUUGCUACUAAUGUGCUGGGUUUCUGCAUCAAGUAGGAACAUUGAGGCUCAUCUGCAAGUUUUUAAGAACUAUAAAAAAGAUAACCAUUCCUUCACAGGCCAGGGUACAGAAUUCUUACCAGCUAGAGUGGAAUCUACACGGGGGUCGGAGAAGGAGGUAGUAGUUGCGAGUGAAGAAGCAUGUGAUGGCUUGAGCACAGUUGGAUCAAGACCACCAAGUUGUGUGCACAGAUGUGAAGGUUGCAACCCAUGUGCAGCUAUACAAGUGCCUACACGAACUGACCAAUUGAAUCUCCAGUAUGCCAACUAUGAACCAGAAGACUGGAAAUGCAAGUGUGGAAAUGCUUUCUUCGACCCAUAAACAGAGCAAAUCUAGA